AUAACAUUGAAGUCACAUCUCCUAGGUACUUGCCUACGUAUAUUCAAUAAUAUUAUGCUCACUUAUAAACAUUGGAUACAUUGGAUACUUAUUUAUCUAGGGGGUAUAUCAAAUACACAUAUAUUGAUAUGAUAAACAGCCCCGACUGAACGGUAUGGAGACUACUCAACACCCAACUUCAACCAGAGAUCGUGGUCGACACCAAUCAUUGGCUGUGAGAUCGUCGGCGUCUAGAGCCGCAUCUAGCUCAACACGCUGUCAUACCCCGCAUAGCCCUCGCACCCCGUUGUACGCCGAUACCUUCAAUAUUGACCAUCCCCCUAUUCCCAUCUCUUCAAGUCCACCAACAUCAAGCUCGGCUUCAACGACGACAGCCCAGCUAUCUUCGCCAACUCAUUCAAUAUCUAAAGGGACCGACGAUUUUCAGUAUACGCUAAGGUCGACUAGGAACGUUCCUCUCAACCCGGCAUCCGAGCAACAAUGGCCACGCACGAACCCCGACAUUGACGCCGGUGAUGAUGAUAUUGAUGGAGACCUUUCCGAUGAUGGCUCUGCCCAUCGACCAAGUAUGAGAAGCUCCACCAAGGUGUCUGCUUCUAGCUCGUCUAGGUUCUUUCGCUCUAUAGUCUACAAGUUUGGGCGCACAUUCCACAGGAAUUACUUUUUACCCCACGAUAAGCAAGAACAAGAGAGAAAAAAAGACCUCCAGCACGAAAUUAGCGUUGAAGUACACGAAGGAGAGUUACAUCUCUGCCCAGUAGUGAACCCUAGAAGAGUCCUCGAUGUUGGCACAGGAACAGGAAUAUGGGCGGUAGAUUUUGCUAAGCGACACCCGGAUAGUGAAGUACUUGGAAUAGACCUGAAUCCUGUUCCACCGCCACCAUUCAUCGUACCUAAUUGCCAAUUUGUGAUCGCCGACGUUGACGAAGAAUGGAAGUUCAACCGCCCGUUCGAUUUCAUUCAUGUGCGAAGCUUAGGUGAACCGGCCGAUAAGCAUCACAUAUUCAAGUCGAUAUACGAUAAUCUGGCGCCCGGUGGCUGGGUCGAGUUUCAGGAAUGGCUUCUCCAUGUACAGUCGCCAGAUCGUUCCCUCGAAGGCACAGCGUUCCAUAAAUGGAACAGAUUAAUAGCUGAAGGGAGGUUAUCUCUUCUCAACUCGUUACUCUACUUAGCUAUACUAACCUUUUACACAGGCACCAAAAAGCUAGGGAAAUCGCUCUUCUUUAUUUUGGACUACAAGAACUUGUUAGAGCAAGCAGGCUUCCAGAAUGUUGUGGAACUGAAGUUUGCUGUCCCCACAAAUGCGUGGGCUCCUGGAAAGCAAACCCAGAGGAUUGGAACCCUGCAGAAGACCAAUACACUGCAGGUCAUUGACAUAUAUUCGCUUAAUGUAUUUACCCAGGGUUUGGGCUGGACUAAGGAAGCGCUGGAUGCUUUGCUAGUUUCAGUGAGGAAGGACAUUGAAGACACCCGUAUCCACUCCUACUCAACAUUAAUGACGGUCUACUGCCAGAAACCUCCCUCCUCUUCUGCACCAUCAAUCGCUACGACAGGGUCAUCCUCUAAACACCAAAGACCAUCAGUAUAGUAAAUGGCUCUAGAGGGGUUACUGCACUUGUACCCGGCGUUGGAAUUUCUUGGGAAAAUUGUUAUGGGGGCAUACAUGAAGGAUAACAAGUAAGUAUCAUUGGGAAUUGAUACGAGCAUAUACCUACUGGGUAUUUACUCAAAGAAGCGCGGCGUUA